AAACGUCAGGCGUCCUGCGGACACUGACACACACUGGGUCUUCAUCUUGGUUAGGCCAUAACGAGGGUCAUCUUGGGGGUGGAUCUCUGGAGACAUGAGGGAGAUGCAGAGCGGGAGAGCUUCUGACGUCAAGUCAAGAGGCAGAUGGGUCCCCUCCGGGCAGGGAUGGGGGGCGGUAAGCUGGCCAGCUCUGCCCAGCAUUUUACAAGUUCCGGUUCUUCUUCGAGCCUCGGUUUCCCUGCCUGUGCAUCCGUGUGUGCAGUCAUCUGAUAGCCUCUGAGGUCACUGCAACUUUGCUCCUGUCUGGGGGCGUUCCUGGCAUAUGAAGGGAACCCAGGUGUUUGGAACAUGCUCACGGUGGCCGUGUGUGUGGCCCUUCUGGGCUACCUGCAGGCCCAGGAGCUUCAGGGACACGUCUCCAUAAUCCUGAUGGGAGCCACUGGGGACCUGGCUAAGAAGUACCUGUGGCAGGCGCUUUUCCAGCUGUACCUGGAUGAGGCUGGGAAGGGCCACAGUUUUAGCUUCCAUGGGGCUGCGCUGACAGCCCCCAAACAGGGUCAGGAGCUCAUGACCAAGGCCCUGGAAUCCCUGUCCUGCCCCCAGGACAUGACACGCAGUCAAUGUGUUGAACUCAAGGGUCAGUUCCUGAGGCUGAGCCAGUACCGCCAGCUGAAGACAGCUGAGGACUAUCGGACUCUGAGCAAGGACAUUGAGGCUCAGGUCCAGCGGGAAGGCCUCCGGGAGGCUGGCAGGAUUUUCUACUUCUCGGUGCCACCUUUUGCCUAUGCGGACAUUGCCCGCAACAUCAACAGCAGCUGCCGGCCAGGCCCAGGCACCUGGCUGCGGGUUGUCCUCGAGAAACCCUUUGGCCAUGACCACCUCUCAGCCCAGCAGCUGGCUACAGAACUUGGGAGCUUUUUCCAAGAGGAGGAGAUGUACCGUGUGGACCAUUACCUGGGCAAGCAGGCGGUGGCUCAGAUCCUGCCCUUUCGAGACCAGAACCGCCAGGUCCUGGACAGACUCUGGAACCGGCACCACGUGGAGCGGGUGGAGGUUAUCAUGAAGGAGACUGUGGAUGCAGAAGGUCGCACCAGCUUCUACGAGGAGUAUGGCGUCAUCCGCGACACCCUGCAGAACCACCUGACGGAGAUCCUCACGCUCGUGGCCAUGGAGCUGCCCCACGAGGUCAGCAGCUCGGAGGCCGUGCUGCAGCACAAGCUCCAGGCCUUCCGGGCCCUGCGGGGCCUGCAGAGGGGCAGCGCCGUGGUGGGCCAGUACCAGACCUACAGCGGGCAGGUGCGCAGAGAGCUGCAGAAGCCAGACGACUUCCACAGCUUGACGCCAACCUUCGCAGCCGUCCUUGUCCACGUGGACAACCUCCGCUGGGAGGGUGUUCCCUUCAUCCUGAUGUCUGGCAAGGCCUUGGACGAGAGAGUGGGCUACGUGCGCAUCUUGUUCAAGAACCGGGCAUUUUGUGUCCAGGGCGAGAGGCACGGGACCUCGGAGCAGAGCCCAUGUCUGCCCCGGCAGGUCAUCUUCUACAUUGGACACGGCGAGCUGGGCCACCCUGCCAUCCUGGUCAGCCGGAACCUGUUCAGGCCCACCCUGCCCACACAGAGCUGGACGGAGGUGCAGGACCGGCCUGGGCUCCGCCUAUUCGGUCGCCCACUGUCAGAUUACUAUGCCUACAGCCCUGUGAGGGAGCAGGACGCCUACUCCAUCCUCUUGUCGCACAUCUUCCACCGCCGAAAGGAGUCCUUCAUCACCACGGAGAACUUGCUAGCCUCCUGGGUCUUCUGGACCCCCUUGCUGGACAGCCUGGCCCGUGAGGUCCCGCGCAUCUACCCAGGGGGAGCUGAGAAUGGCCAUCUGUUGGACUUUGAGUUCAGUGGUGGCCAACUAUCCUUUUCCCAGCAGCAGCCAGAGCAGCUGGUGCCAGGGCCCGGGUCUGCCCCGCGGCCCAGUGACUUCCAGGUGCUCAGGACCACCUACCGCGAGAGCCCGCUGGUCUCCGCCUGGCCGGAGGAGCUGAUCUCCAAGCUGGCUGAGGACAUCGAGGCCACUGCAGUGCAGGCGGUGCAGUGCUUUGGCGAGUUCCACCUGGCGCUCUCGGGCGGCUCCAGCCCCCAGGCGUUGUUCCAGCAGCUGGCCACAGGGCACUACGGCUUCCCCUGGGCCCACACGCACCUCUGGCUGGUGGACGAGCGCUGCGUCCCGCUCUCGGACCCCGAGUCCAACUUCCAGGGCCUGCAGGCCCACCUGCUGCAGCACAUCAGGAUCCCCUACUACAACAUCCACCCCAUGCCCGUCCACCUGCACCAGCGGCUCUGUGCUGAGGAGGACCAGGGCGCCCAGACCUACGCCAGGGAGAUCUCAGCCCUGGUGGCCAACAGCAGCUUCCACCUGGUGCUGCUGGGCAUGGGCACCGACGGGCACACGGCCUCCCUCUUCCCGCAGUCACCUGCUGGCCUGGAUGGUGAGCAGCUGGUGGUGCUGACCGAGAGCCCCCUCAGGCCACACCAGCGCAUGAGCCUCAGCCUGCCCCUCAUCAACCGUGCCAAGAAGGUGGUGGUCCUGGUCAUGGGCAGGAUGAAGCGUGAGAUCACCAUGCUGGUGAGCCGCGUGGGCCACCAGCCCAAGAAGUGGCCCAUCUCCGGCGUGCUGCCUAAAUCUGGCCAGCUGGUGUGGUACAUGGACUUCGAGGCCUUUCUGGGAUGACAGGGGCCUCCUCCCCCUUUGCUCGCCCCCAGGAUUUCUCUCACCCGCCAUCUUCCCCCACUCCUAACCUUCCCACUGCCCAGUGUGCCUCAGCUCCCUGGAGCCUGAUGCCCAGAGUCAGGCCCAGAGGGGACACGGCCCCGUCCCAGCCCUUGUGCCCGUUGGCCCCCCCUGGUUGUGGUGGGUAAGUGCAGAAACAGGCAAAAGGGGAUCUCUUCUCUUGAGGUGCCUCAAAUCCAGGCCAGGAGAGAAACCUCAAGAAAAGACCCCCCGCAGUUACAUGUCAUCAUGGAGCAGGAAAGAGGUGGGGAGACGCAGCCCCAGUCAGAAGAGGGGACGCCGUGGGCCAAGAUGGACCAGGGGUGUUUCCCAGGGAGGCAAUCCUUGAAGGCCCUUUGGAGAAGGGCCUGGGUUGGUAGAGAGAAGGAGGCAGAGACCCCCGUGCGCUCUGCCCUGUACCAGCAGGGAGGCUGUGGACUGUCCCAACACAGCCUCCUCUAGCCACCCCUCAUUCAGCCUCUGCACAUUCAGCCAACUCGCCAGUCCUCUUCCAGGUGCCUCCACCUGCCCUGUCUCUGAGUCCCUUUGUCCUGUGAGUCCCCAGUCCCUUUGUUUCCCUACUGCCCCUCUGCCUCUCCCUCUAGAGAUGAGGGUUGGUAACAGGAACACAGCAACAAGUCCUGGGAUGUCGAAAGCUCCCAGAAAUCUUAGCACCUGUUGUUUAUGGCUUCUUUUCUCAGCUGAGAACUGCUCUGCUCGGGGAGGGGGUUCCAGCUCCCCAGCAUCCUCAGGAAGGACCUGACCCUCUGCCCAUGGUCCUAUCUCCAGCACAUCUCCCUUCUGAUCCGUGCUGGGUGCGCAGGAUCGGCUGUUCCAGGGAUCCCUACUUUGACAGGGUCAUGGACAUCUCCGGUGCCUCAGGGGGUGUUUCCACCCUCAGUACCUCUUGUUUUACCAGGAAAGGUCCAGUUAAAUCAUUCUCGGAUGCAGGGACAUGUGACAUCAAGAGACCCUGGGCCACCAGGUGUCUCUGAUCUGACCAGAUAGCCCCGCUAGGGUGUCUGCAGCUCACAGCCCCUUUCUGAGGGCUUACUUGGCUGACUGGUGGCAGCAGGGGACAGGCUGAUGUCAGCCCUCUUCACACCACCUCUCAGGCCCCCUUGAGCCUGGUGACUGCCUGUCUCCCGGCCUCCCCUGUUCCCUCCCACUGCACCACCAGCGCCCUGCCUAAGAUGGGGGACAUUCGUGGGCGGCCAGUGUAUGGCUUCCCUGAAACCCCGGAGGUCAGGGAGGGCCGCUUCUGAAACCGUUUUCAAGAAAGCCCACAACCAAAAAGGGACAUUCCCAGGACACUUGUAACUUCUGUUUCAGCUGCCCGCUUAGUGGUGCCCACAGGGUAGGAGAGAGGGCUUUCAUCAGUGGGCGCAUCAGGAAAUCUGCUUCUCCACUUCAAUUGUUUACACUUUUUUUCAGGCUUCAGAUUGAAAACAGUUCUCGCUUUCACUGGAGGGGUGUGUGUGUGUGUGUGUGUAUGUGUGUGUGUGUGAGAGAAAGAGAGAGAGAGAGAGAUGGUUGCCCAAGCCAGAGCGCCCAUGUGAAAGGCACCCUUAAAAUUCUGCUUACUCUGGCCUCCGAGGACCCAGUCCCAACAGCACCUGGUGCCAGGGGUUGGGAGCAUUUUGCGUGGUCCUGGAGCGGACCUUCGGUUGCUGCCGAAGUUCCCCCUCUGGCCACGCGGGGGCGCCGGCGCAUCACCACCCACCGGCCCUGGCAGCCAUCGCAGGCCGAGUGGAGUCUCUCCGCCUUUCCUUUCGUUUCCCAAUCUGCCUCCCUGGGAGCUUGACCGCAGCACGCCCGCGUCUGUUCUUUAAGGACUCAUUCCUCUGUGGUUGCAAAACCAGAGCGAAAGGGGCCUCCACGUGCCCCACUAUCUCUCCAGGAGCAAGGGUGAGUGGGCUUUGUGUCACUGUUUCUGAAUAAGAGUGAGUCACUGCCGGCCAGGGCCUGGAGUGUCCUGUUCUUACUCAGGAGUGACUCGCCUCAGCACUGCCCUUUAUCACGGAGAGUGUGUGCAGGGAGUCGGUGGGGGCAAGAACGCCAAAGGUUUCCAGGAUCCAGUGCCUCCGCAAAUCACAGAGGAGGGUCCAGCCCAGAGCUGGGUGUCCCUGGCCCUACCAGGCCUUUCCCUUCACUCGGGCAGGCAGCAGAGCGGCCCAGAGCCAGGGCCACGGAGCAUGUGAUCCUCAACCACUUGGACCGUAAGCCACAACGUGAAUCACGACUCAGUCACAUCUGUGUAAAAAUGUGUGUCUCGUGCCAGUUUCACAAAGGAACUCUUACCCUCAGGACCUGGGAUGCCCUCUGCUUUCUAUUUUUUCACUUAAAAAAAUGCUGCUUGCAGCCCACAGGAUGGAGUUGGUGCAGAGUUGGAGAAGUACCCGCCUAGUCCAGCUUUCUGCCUUGUUAGGAACCGUUGUUAGGAACCGAGGGCGCUGAGGCUGGGGGGAGCCCGUGCUCAGGCCCCGUGGGUGGCUCACGACAGCCGCCGCUGGAGCCUUCUGUCCCGCAGCUUCCCUCUUGGGCUCCCUGGUGACGGGAGGAUGGAAGGCAGCUGUCCAGCUCAGGCCUCGGGGACGUUUGCCCUUGGCCUGGCUCAGGCAGGGGGGCUCUGGAUGCUGCUCCAGCCUGUGACUGGGCUGCUCUGCUCUAGGGCCGCUCCCUUCCUGGGGAGGGGCGGGAGAUGGUGACAGAGCCCUGAGACCCAAGCCUGCAGCCCGUCCAGGAGAUGCUGCAUGUCCUUUAGAGGGGCCCUUGCACAGCACCAUCGUGCUCAGUCCUUUGGGCCCUCAGCUGCUGAUGGUUUUAAACUGAGGUGCCGGUUAAAGAUGCUGUCUAGUGACAGUGGCUGGCUAGCAGCCCCUCAGCCCAGGUCUGUGGGUUCCAGACCCUGUUCCCCACACCCUGUGGGGCCGCCUCCUCUCCUGGUGGUGGGGUCAGUUUCCCUGGCCAGGACCCGUGUGCAGAGGCCCCUCCUUGGGGGACCUCAUCAGCAUCUGCAGAGCAAACAUUGUUGCGUUGGUGGUGGGAAAGGCUUGAGGGACUUUCUGGGUGGUCAAAGCUGGAUUCUGAUUUCCCACCUGGACGCACGCGUUUCUGCUAACUGCAAGGUCAACAGUCUCAUCUUGUUGACCUUCCUGCUCCUUGCUCUGCAGAAAAUGCUUUAUUCCUGCUCUUGGGCCCAGAUCAGUAGCAUAAUCAAAGCUUCCUACUGUUUGGACUAAUAAAUCAGAAUAUUUCCUGGAGGGUUUCAUUCCAAAAUCAACAGGGCUCGGUCUCCCUGACCCGGGAAUUCCCUUUUGCCUGUCUUGCUUCCCUCCUUUCCCUGUUCAUACAGAGAGCUGGAGGUGGUGACAGAGAUGGGAAGGAAGAAGCUUCCAGAAAAGCUUACGGGGCUGUUUCCUAGAACUUAGUCUUCAGAACCUUUUUUUUUCUCCUACACGAGACGUGCAAACUCACGAAAGCAGCCCUGCAACAGCUUUGCCCAGCCAGGUUGUUAUCUUAAGCAGAUGGACUCUGGGUGCCAUUAGCCACGGAUGGGAAUGUGCCUGGCCACGUCUGCAUCAGGAAAGGAGCCAGUGGCAGGAAAGGCUGGUGGUGUUGCGAGGGCCCCGGGCGGCCUGCCUGGUCAGCUCCUGCCUUCCCUUGAAGGAGGCUCCAGAGAGGCCAAGGGCCUGAAUAGGUCACUGCUCCCACACAUCCUGGGCCACAUGGCCCACAAGGAGUGUCUACCCUGGCCAUUCUUGCUGAGCAGGAGAGUGUGGCCUCUUGUGCCCCUGGCCCUCCAGCUCUCCUGGCAGCUGUUUAACACCAGCACCCCAGACCCUGAGUGUGGUGGCACUUGGAGAUGGCUUUGUGCAGUGGGCAGGAGGCAGCCGUGGUCUUCCCCAGGGCCCCCGAGCACGCCCGCUGAAGCAGUCGGAGGCACAGAGGGGCCCUCUCGCUGACCCGCCUGCCCUUCCCUGCACCCACUCUGCAGCUGUGGUCAGCCCAGGACCAGCCAGCACCGCCCGGCCUCCAUGUGGUGGCUGGUGGGCAGGCCCCGGCUGGUCACUAGCACGUGCUGCUUCCCUUCUGCCGCCCGCGGCGAGGGCUCCAUGUCUUCGCGCCCUUUCCGCUCGGAGCAGAGCUCGCCUCCCGUGGCUUCGGUCUGCCCUGCGAGGCGGGAGCCCAGAGCAGCAGCUGUUCUUGGAAGACGCCUUCCAGGAACAUCCGCACCCGGCCCACGGCUCCCUCGGCACGCGAGGUGGGGUGUGAGGGAGGAGCUCCUGGGCGCUGGGCUGAGCGUCCUGCCCCCUCCUCGGUGUGUCGCCACACAGGCAGGAGCCGCAGGGGACUCGAGGACACCUUUCUGAGCCUGGCAAGCCACGUGCCCGUGUGAAACGUCCCCUCCAGCCAAGGCUGCAAGGCAUCUGUUUGCAAGCAGGUCAAGGGAGGGCCCGUCCGUGUGAGGGGGCAGCGCGGGGAGGGUCGGACCCUGGAUUCCUUAGUUCUGCUCAGUCUCCGUUCCCAGGACGCGCUCCCUCCAGCCCGUGCCUUGUUCCGAAGGAAACUGCAUCUUCUCCGUCCUUGCUGUGGGAGGGGCGAGCACGUGGCGGCAGAGAGCGUGGGCUGGAAUGGCCGGUGGUGGGCGCUGAGCGGAGAGUACAGUGCCCCAGCCCAGGGCCACGCUGGGCCUUCCCUCCCCUGGCGUUUCGGAGCGUGGUGACCCAGGGAGGCGGGCGAGGGGCCCUGGAUCAGCUGGUUGCGAGAGCUCCUUUGCUUCCGUUUCUCUGGGACAGGAAGCUGGCAGUCAGCUCCCCCACUCUGCCCAUUGUGAGCGGGGGGCAGCGGCACCAGGGCUUGUCCAGCCCAUGCCCGGGGAGAGAGGAGCAGGAUUGCCACUGGGGUGCGGAUGGCCCCGGCCGAGGGGCUGAGGGAGGGCAGCACUGGCGUGUGUGUUGGGGGCUUGCUGUGACCUGGACCGUGUCCCUGCUGUCUGCCCCACACUGGGGAACCUGGGGUCUGGGCUUCUGGAGGGGAGAAGAGGGAGGUCCCCUGGUUGGUGGAGGGAGGCAGUGGGUGUGACGGGCACUGCCCAGCAGCAAGCGUGAGCCGACGUGGCCGCUCCUGGGUGUUAAUGGAAACUUAAUGAGGGCUAAGAGGUUCAGAACAAAAGCCUUUUUAAACCUUUCAAAACGGUUUUUUAAAUGCCUUUUUCUAUGUCAAAUGUCACAUUUAUUUUUUAAACAGUAAAAUUGUUUUGCC